AGAAGGAGUACGUAAAUUAACGCCUUAACUGGUUCUAUCGUACAAAACGUAAACGUGUGCAUGUAUAAUAUAAUAUUAACAUUGUGAAACUCCCUCUUGGCCAUCAGGAGCCAAACCUUAUCAUAAAGCAUAGUGCUUUUAUAUCUAACAUUUUAAAACAUUUUUAAGAAAUGUGGCGUAUACAAAACGAACGCGGCGACGAGGAAAGCGACGGCUAUUUCAUUUAUGACACGCAUACGGGACAGCGUGGCUCGGAGGAAGGUUACAGUAUGCCAAAAAUAAAGGAUCUGUCUACGCCCGUUGAAUUCGAAAGAAAUAUGUCUACAGACAGACUGAUCGGGUCAGAAAUUACCAGCAAGGAACAUCUUUCUACUGUUGUUGGCAGCACAGGCCAUCAUUCGGAAGACGGAUUUUACAAUUGCAGAAAUCCGCCAAUAUCAUGGAUAGAAUUCCAAAACAGAGUAUUAGCUUCCAACAACAAGUCCGUUACUUCUGAAACGCAAAAGGCGACUUUGCUUUUCUUUGACGAGGAUUCAGAGGAUUCGUUAUCAAUUACAAAGCAAGCGGACGUCGAUGUUGUCGAUACAUCAAUAGACAAAGACAUCUUUAUCAAGACAGACGAGCACAAACCGGUAGACAACGGGAUUAGCGUUAUAACACACCCGAAUAAGGUGAUUAAAGAUGACUUCGAAGGCCUCAAAACGCCGACUGAUUUGAACACAGUGCUCUCUGGCAAUCGCCGUGAUAUAUUUUGGGCGGUGCUUGUACGCAUCUUUCUGGUGUCGCAUAGCCUUAUAGCAAUAUGGCGCGUGACGGAAGCAUACAGCGAGCCGCUGUACUGGUUCCUGGCAGCAUCAAACAUGUUCUUGUUGUUGGAGACGAGCAUCGUAAUUGUCGGGAGGGCCGGCAUUGAAUAUUCAUGGUGGACGCCAUGUUUCUUGUUCUACUUGGGUUCCACAAUUCCGGCCAUUUGGCUUCUAGAGUUACACCUAUAUCGUGACGCAACUUCCAUGAAUGGUAACAUCAACAACGGGAGCUCUUCUUCUGCAGUUGCCAUCGCCAAUACUACAGACAAUUAUACCACAGUAACUACUCCUGUCUCAAUUAAGGAGGUUACGUUUACCGGUAAUCGCAUUGUUUUGAACAACAAUCUGUGGGCGAUAAUCAUAGAGGAGUCACUCGUGUACCUGCUCGUGUUCAGCCGCUGGCUGCUGCCGCGUGGCAAGGUCACGCGCAUCUUCCUAGCCGACCUUCUGCUCGAGUUUCUCGCCAUCGCGUCCGAUAUCAUGGAACUUCUCGCGGUGUUCGACGAGAGCGCAGUGAGACAAAACGGGAAACUGACAAUCGUCAUCAUGGCCGUCUGGUCGGCCAGUUUCGUCCAGUUCAUACCGAUUCUCGUGCACAAGAAGCGUUUCCAGCACGUGCGGAGUCCGAAAGUGCCGUGCAUCACGCGCUGCUUUUCGGACAAAUUUGUCGAAAUCGUUGUAACCCUGAUGAGCAUAUGUCUGCAGGAUUUGCCGUUCCUGGUCGUGAGGCUGUAUAUUGUAAUCGAGAUACAAAUUUUAACAUACAGUUUGCUGUUUUUCAUACUCAAAAAUCUUGUUUCUCUUAUGCUGCUAUGUUACCGCCUUAUUGUCAUUUUCCGACAGAUACCCAUGUGUCGUAGGGCGAAGAAAAUGUCGUAG